UUCGAGUCAACGGCAUAUUUAGAUAUACAAUUCAGCCGAGCUUACGCCAAACACUACUAUAUUGUCUCAAAAUCCUGUCUAGGUAGUCAGCUCACUAGUUUUUGAAACACAGUCAACUUCGGGAACCGGUCCGUCCGCCAAAAGCGUCCUUCCGAGGAGUGAUUAGACUGGCGCAAAUUCAUCUCAUGCAUUCGUCUCAGAUUCAUAUAGUGUCUAGCUCGACAUCCUGACACGCCAACCGAGAGCUGCAGCCGUCGUGAUUUAGUAUCCUUUAAACGGAGAGCAGACUCUCGUCGACUGAAGGCGACCGAGCGCCGCUGGAAGGUUUAUUGGGGUUUGAUCAGCGCUAUGGCGGAGGUACAAGGUACAUCGAGUGAGACGAUAACGGAGACCGUUCAGACGGGCACACCGCCUCCACCCCAGCAGGAGGGCAGAAGCCUGACCAUCAAGCUCAGGAAAAGGAAGACGGAGAAGAAAGUGGAGUGGUCCAGUGACACGGUGGACAAUGAACAUCUGGGCCGGAGGUCUUCAAAGUGUUGCUGUGUUUAUGAGAAGCCUCGACAGUUCGGCGAGUCUUCCUCGGAAAGCGAGGGGGAUGACGAGGAAGGCUGCGGAAGCGCGCACUGCAUUCUGGGACACGGGAGAAGAGGCCAUGGACAGAGGGAGGGUGGAGGAGGCACAGCGCCCCCUAGCUCUGGGGGAAAGAACCCUCACUAGAAGUUGAGGCGAGUGGGAGAGUCGGUUUGGAGGGAAGGGUAACGGACGGCGUGGGCACUACAUUCAUAAUCCCUCAUCCUCACUCACAUCUGAUUACAUCACACCAUCACUGGGUGUCAAAAGCUUUUUGAUGAAUGAAAGCUUGUAGAGCAAUGCAAUGUGAUUUAGUUUUUUCCUCAGUCAUUUGUUUAAUGACUCAAAGAAGACUAAACCUUUUUUGCGAUCUGAAUGCUGUGGAAAAUUGAUAUUUGUUGUACAUAGGACAUUGGUUUUUAUUCCUUUUGUAAAAUCUAUAUUUAUUUGUUUGCGUUUAACCACUUGAUCUUACCAGUUUUGUGUCCACAAGCAACAUUUUAAUGGAUUUAAACCUUCAAAUAUGAUUCAGCAGGGUUAUAGCUUCUAGUUCGAAUCAAACGGAUUUAAAAGGACUAAAUGCAGUAUAAAAAAAAUAAUUUUCUAUCAAAUAUAAUUUGCCUUGCGGUGUCACAAUUCUAGCAGCAGUAUUUCUUCAUAUCACUUGAGGAACUUCAAGCGUAGUAUGUGUUGUGUGCUAUAGUGUAUUUAAAACAUGGCAGGUUUCAGGAACUCAACCCUUUGGAUAUUUUCACAAGGG